AUGGGGGGUAGGAGAGAAUUGAAGGCAUGGCGGUUUGGCCUAGCCAGGGCAAAGAAGUGUGUUUUGCCUCGUAUCAGAAACGUUGAACUACACUCUGCAAUAGGGCGAGGCGGCGGCGGAAAAGUUUUCUUAGUCAGACUGAAGGGUGACCCCAACGACUAUGCCUUGAAGGCCAUUUCAAAGAAGCAAGCAUUCAAGUCACCUAAAUCAUUCCGUCAUGUCCUCGCAGAGAGGUCUCUGAUGGAAAGCAUUGGGCGGCAUCCUUUCUUACUUCCGCUCCAGUUUUGCUUUCAAACUGAUGAGAAUCUCUACAUCGGGACCCCCUUUUGCCCAGGAGGAGACCUUGCUUCAUAUCUGCGGUCGACAGUGUAUGGGCGGCUCCCCGAGUUGCAAGUCUGUCGAAUCGCGUCGGAAAUAAUCCUGGCGCUUGAGCAUCUGCACAAGAACGGCAUUGUCUACAGAGACUUGAAACCCGAAAACGUUUUUAUCGACAGCACCGGGCAUGUGAUGUUGGGCGACUAUGGCCUCGCCAAGAAUUACGAGCAAUGGAAGAAAGAAUGCGGGGACCAGAGAAGGACGGCUAGUGUGUGCGGUACGCGCAACUACCUCCCGCCCGAGAUGCUGUUCGGGCGCAUCUAUUCCUACGAAACAGACCUGUGGAGCCUCGGGAUCAUGCUGUUUCGCAUCCUGUGCGGCGCUUUUCCCUUCGAAGCGCCGCGCUCCAAGGAUUUGUUCUACAAAGUCAGAACACAGCAGCCGGUCAUCCCGUCCGGGCUGAGCCGACCGGCACGCAGGCUGCUGAACGGCCUUCUACAAAAGGACCCUCGCAACCGGCUGACGAUUCGGGAACUAAAACGGCAUAGCUUCUUCGCGUCAAUCAACUGGGACGCGGUGUACCAGCGGCGGACGCCACCCGCGGCGCCAGAUAUAACGAUCGGGAAGACAGCCGCCGACGCGUUGGGAAACUUCGAGCUAAGCAGGCUGAACAACGUGGCCGUAGACGAGCUGAUGCUGGGCGGGUACGGGGAUCUAGAGGAGAACUACAUCGGGGCGCCGUCGCACCGGCAGGAAGUGACGGACAUGAUUGUGGGGUUUGAGUACGGGCUGGUCGCGAAGCGGGUGAGCAAGGUGGACCCGCUGGAUGUGAAGCAGCUGGUGGGCGGGGUGAUGCGCGUGACGUCGAACGACAUCGAGGAGGACCGGGAGAUCUGGACGGCGGCGCCGGAGAUGUCGACGCCGCUGGGUUUCCUGGCCAAGGUGUUCUCCUUUGACGACACAUUCUCCAGACUGGCCUCCCACGAAGAGUCGGCGAGAUCGCCGCGCGGCGUGCAGAUGAGGGGCGCUCGGAUGCAAGAUAGCAACGGUAGGUGA